GAUAAGCCACGGACUUUGCUCGCCGACUGACGCCAGUACUUCAAACAUUUUAAAGUUAGCAACGCGCUCCGCUUGAAAAAGACGGACCAUGAGUGAAGAUCAUUUACGACAGAUUGAAAAUCGUGGUCGAACUGCCACGGCCUUUUUCGGUUUGGUUGAGACUUCACAAGCUGAACGAGAGAGACUAAACGAAAUCAUCAUUAGUCAGCACGGUGGUGAAAUCGACUCUCUAAAGGAAAAAAUCGAAGAGAAGAAUGAAGAGAUAUUGCGUCUUCACAAAGCCAUAAAAGUACUCGAGGACAAGAACAAGAAAUUGGACAUCGCUUUGAAAACCCGCAACGAAGAAGUUGCGAAACUCAAGACAAGGAUUACCAAGCUGGAAGCUGAGAAAAAAGGCUUGGAAGAUAAGUUGAGGAACGUCGAAGGAAAGCUCGAUCGCAUGGAAAAGGAAGUUGAAGAAUUGGAUAAGGCAAAGCAGGUUCAAGAGGAAGAAAAUGUUAAUCUAAAAGAGUGUUUGGCGAUUAUGUCUGGAGAAGUAGAAAGUGUAAAGCAAGAGCUGGUGUCGACCAGAAACGAAAACCAAAAUUUGAAGAAAGAGGUGAGAGACCUUGGUCAAAAGCUAGUCACUUUCUUGCCAACCGGUUUCAAAGAGGGAUUGCCGAUGCUGACUCCUCCGCCACCACCUGAGCUCCAAGCUUCUUUAUGUCUGGGGGAGUUGAGCCGCCAACUGCAAGCUAAGAUGUACAAGUACGUCUUCCCACAGUUGUACACCCCCAUCGUUGGUUACAAGGUGAAGACCAUUCGUCGCGACCUGAAGAGGCUUCCGACUGAAGAAGCAAACCAGAGGUGGAGUGAGUUGCAAAAGAAGCUGAAUUGGGACGAAACGUACGAGGAAGCAAUAAAACUCCUGCAGGAAAACAGGAAUGCUGAUGCACAUCCCAAGAUAACGGGAAAGUUACUUCGUGAAGCGGUGGAAGUCUUGGGUGAAAAAGGUAACCUAAAAGGUUGGCUCACACGGGAAUGCCUUGAUGUCUUAAUAAGUAUGUGGGAACAAAUUUAGCCACUAGAGGAGAUUCUUUCUAAGCCAUUUCAGUUUUUUCCUUAUUAGAGCAGUCUUCUAUUGUUGGAUAUGUACUAAAGAUUCUACCGAGCGUGGAGUGAAUCAGGAAUUGUUUGGUUCGAAUAUUCUCUACAUCAGUAAGAAUGUUAAGAGUCGUGAUGACUCACCAAUUUCUUCAGGAACUAUAAACUGAAACAAUCCCAGCUUGUUGGAUAUUUUGGGGAAACAAAUUCGUUCCAUGAAAUCUGUAUAACUUCAAUCGAACGUUUUAAGAACUUUGGCGUAUUUUCAGUCGACAAGAAUAAGUGUCAGCCUUAGCAUUUCGGUAUCUUUUCAUUACAAACAUUCCUUUUAGUUUCAGCAAAUUUGCAUCGCUAGCUUGCCUACGAAUUCAGUGUUUACUACUCGACAGACGAGUUACAUUAAAAGUAGCGAAUUCGAAGAGAAAUGCCAAAGCAAAAUGUGUAUCUGCCUACGAGGGGAGUACGCUUAAGUCCUUUCGAUAUCAGGAGGCGAGUAAAAUGUGUAAGGUUUUUCCUUUAACGUUUCUCGAGAAGAAAAUAUUUUCAAACAGCCUAUGAUUAUGUUAGAAGUUUCCUUUGACAUGGUAAUCACUUAUUUAUAAAAAGGAACAUGACUUCGAUGAUUUGCACAUUCGUGUUCUUUACAUUAGCUUACUGCUUCUUUUAGCGAAUCUUAACUGAAUGAUUACAAGAUCAUUUCAACAAAUAAGUUGGCUUUAUAUCAUACAGUGAAAA